AUGAGAAAAGGAGAUUUAACUCCUGACAGAGAUCGUGUGAUUGAGGAACAUGAGUUGCAAGAAACUCGGUUUAGUCCUGAAACAGAGAGGAACAAGAAUGCUAGACAAUACCAAAGAGAAGAAGAUGAAGAAGAAGAAGAAGAGAAAGAAGAAGAAUCUGUGGAGGGAAUAUUUGAGAGCAGAGAGGUUCCUUCUUGGAAGAAGCAGCUAACUAUAAGAGCUUUUGUGGUUAGCUUUGCUUUAAGCAUUUUGUUCAGCUUCAUUGUGAUGAAGCUCAACCUCACAACAGGAAUCAUCCCUUCUCUUAACGUCUCUGCUGGUCUUUUGGGAUUCUUCUUCGUCAAGACAUGGACCAAGAUGCUUCAUAAAUCUGGUCUUUUGAAACAACCCUUUACGAGACAAGAGAACACAGUUAUUCAGACUUGUGUUGUUGCUUCCUCAGGCAUUGCCUUUAGCGGUGGGUUUGGGACUUACCUAUUUGCAAUGAGUGAACGAAUAGCUAACCAUUCAGGAGAUGCUGCUCGUGGCGUUAAGGACCCUUCUUUGGGUUGGAUCAUAGCUUUUCUCUUUGUUGUCAGCUUUCUUGGCCUCUUCUCUGUUGUCCCUCUUCGAAAGAUAAUGAUAAUAGACUUCAAACUAACAUACCCAAGUGGCACUGCAACUGCUCAUCUUAUCAACAGCUUUCACACUCCUCAAGGAGCAAAGCUGGCCAAGGAACAAGUGAGAGUGUUGGGGAAGUUCUUCUCCUUGAGCUUCCUUUGGGGUUUCUUCCAAUGGUUCUUUACUGCAGGAGAAAACUGUGGGUUUCACAGUUUCCCUACCUUUGGACUCAGAGCAUACCAAUACAAGUUCUACUUUGAUUUUUCAGCAACAUAUGUAGGUGUUGGUAUGAUAUGCCCAUACAUAAUCAACAUAUCUCUCCUUUUGGGUGGGAUUCUCUCUUGGGGGCUGAUGUGGCCUCUCAUUGAAACUAGAAAGGGAGAUUGGUUCCCUUCUGAUGUUGACUCUAGCAGCAUGAGCGGUCUUCAAGCUUACAAGGUGUUCAUUGCUGUUGCAAUGAUCCUAGGAGAUGGUGUAUACAACUUUUGCAAGGUGUUCAGCCGAACCCUUUCAGGACUAUUCAAGCAGAUCCGAGGUGAAGCUAGUUGGAGAAACUCUCUUUCACGCGAAGAAGAGCCCCCUGCUUCUCCAUUGACACCAAAGAUAUCUUAUGAUGACCAACGUAGAACAAGAUUCUUCCUUAAAGAUCAGAUCCCUUCAUGGUUUGCUGGUGGAGGAUAUGUGCUUAUAGCUGCAGUAUCUAUAGCUAUACUACCUCAAAUGUUCGAUCAGCUGAGAUGGUACUACAUUCUGGUCAUCUAUGUUUUUGCCCCAGUCUUAGCUUUCUGCAAUGCUUAUGGAGCUGGGCUCACUGACUGGUCACUAGCAUCAACCUAUGGGAAACUCGCCAUAUUCACAAUCGGAGCAUGGGCUGGUUCGGACCAUGGGGGUGUUCUUGCGGGCUUAGCGGCUUGUGGAGUCAUGAUGAACAUAGUUUCCACAGCUUCAGACCUGACACAAGAUUUCAAGACAGGUUACCUAACAUUGUCAUCUCCAAGGGCCAUGUUUGUAAGCCAAGUGAUUGGAACAGCAAUGGGGUGUCUGGUUUCUCCCUGUGUGUUCUGGCUUUUCUACAAGGCAUUUGAUGAUCUCGGCCUCCCAAACAGCAAGUACCCUGCACCCUUUGCUACUGUGUACAGAAGCAUGGCGAAACUUGGUGUUGAAGGUGUUUCUUCUCUGCCAAGAGACUGUCUUGUGCUGUGCUACGCGUUUUUCGGUUUUGCCAUACUGAUAAACGUAGUGAAAGAUGGUCUUGGGAACAGAUGGGGAAGGUUUGUACCUCUUCCCAUGGCGAUGGCUAUACCGUUUUUCUUAGGGCCUUACUUUGCGAUCGACAUGUGCGUGGGGAGUUUGGUUUUGUUUGUCUGGGAGAGACUAGAUGCUCCAAGGGCUGAAGCUUUUGCAACAGCAGUGGCUUCUGGUUUGAUAUGUGGAGAUGGAAUCUGGACUUUGCCAAGCUCUGUGCUCGCUAUAGCUGGAGUUGAACCUCCUAUUUGCAUGAAGUUUCUCUCGUCUGAAACUAAUCACAGAGUCGACAAGUUUCUGCAAGGAUCCUCUUAGUUUUUUUUUAAAGCUCAAUGAGAUGGAUCUGCCUUGGUAAAUCGUAUAGAUAGAUGAGACACUCUUGUAUCAAAUUGAACAAACAUGCUUUUAUACAUAACUUGGCGAACACAUACUACUAAUAAGCUUGAUGAAAUCCAUUAUCA